AUCGUAACAACGUACCAACUGGAUCUUAUCGUUUCUGACCUUGUACCCGGCCGCCAGCGUGGCCAGUCCAUAGGGAUCACCUGUGCUGCCGUAUAUAUCGGAAUAGCUUUUGGACCAUACGCGGGAGGUAUCAUUGUCGAUACAAUUUCCUGGAGAUGGGCGUUCUACGUCAGUCUUCCCAUUGCCGGCUUUGCUGCCGUGGUUGUCGCAAUUGGCUUCAGCAUCAGCUAUCGCAAGAACUUAGUUAAGGAGCGUCUGGUGAAAUUCACGUUUACCUCCGCAGCAGGAUUUUCUAUCACAUUGAUCUGGUCUAUCCUCAGCAUGUGGCGCAUCUACUUCCUAUCUGUCUACUUCCGUGCUGUCCAGACGUGUUUUCCUGUCCAUACCGGAGUCCAGAUCCUCCCAAAAGAUCACUCUUCUCCUGCUGUGGUCAUCGGCGAUGCUUUCAUGAAGAUUGUGGGCAGGCCGGGCUCGAUGAGCACCGCAGCCGCCAUGGCAUUCUGGGCCUUCAUCCGAAACUUCGGUAUCAUCUGGGGCAUGACCAUUUCCUCAGCAAUCAUGAACCGGUUCGAGUCGCUCUUGUCCACGAUCUCCGAUCCAGCUGUCCGAGCUUCCCUGAGUGAUGGGCAGGCGUACGAACGCGCCUCGGAGGCUUUCGUCGAUUAG